AUGGGCCUGGCCAAGUUCGUCAUCGGCAAGACGUACACCACGUGCGGCACCCCCGACUACUUCGCCCCGGAGGUGAUCGCCUCUGUCGGGCACACCAGCGCGGUGGAUUGGUGGACGCUGGGCAUCCUCGUGUUCGAGCUGAUGGCGGGCAACCCCCCGUUCGAGUCCGCGUACCCGAUGCAGAUCUACGCCAAGGUGACCAAGGGCAUCGGGAAGGUGACCUUCCCUCCGAAGUGCUCGGGGACCGUCGGCACGCUGAUCCGGGCGCUGCUGAAGAGCGAGCCGAGCGAGCGGCUGCCGGUGCGCCCGGGCGGCGUGGCGAACCUGAAGUCGCACGCCUGGUUCGACGGCUUCGACUGGGAGAAGAUGACGAACCUGACGCUGGAGGCGCCCUACAAGCCCGUGGUCAAGAGCAAGAAGGACCUGGCGAACUUCUCCGCCCGCCCCGAGGACAAGCCCCGGCAGAUCGAGUACAAAGACCCGGGCACUGGCUGGGACAAGAACUUCGCCACCUGCUCGUGA